AUGACAGAACCUAGGUCAGGACAAGGCCUGCUGCUAUUCACGCAGCCUGCCUAUAAUGCUUCCAUUUUUGAGAACUCAGCAACGAGAACGUAUACCAGGAGUGAGGCUAACAUGGGCAUCAUUCUUGGGCCACCCAGGUCUUUAGACAUAAAAUACUCCAUUACGUCUGGAGACAGUGAGGGAAUAUUCCAGGCUGAGGAGUUUGUAAUGGGAGAUUUUUGUUUCCUCCGUGUACGCACCAAUGGAGGCAGUGGCGGCACAUUAAAUCGGGAAGUACAGGACAAUUACACACUUACAGUUAAGGCUUCUGCUCACGGAGGCCUUGAAUCUUUAGCUACAGUUUAUAUCAAGGUAUUGGAUACCAAUGAUCUCCGACCUCUCUUCUCCCCGACCUCCUAUUCCUUCGUUGUUUCUGAGAGUGCCCCACUGGGUGCCAGCAUCGGACGUGUUACAGCCACAGAUGCUGAUGUGGGUUCCAACGGGGAGUUCUACUACUUCUUCAAGAACAGGAUUGAACUCUUUGCUGUUCAUCCGACUAGUGGUGUUCUCACCCUAACUGGUCGUCCCAGGUUGGACAGACAAGAGCGAUUUAACCUAGAAGUGCAGGUGGUGGACAGAGGGAUGAAACUCUAUGGGAACAAUGGUAUCAGCAGCACUGCUAGGCUGGUCCUAACAGUGGAGCGGGUCAAUAACUUUUCCCCUGUUCUCAAUGUAAUUGCUGUCGUUCCAGAAUGGGCAGACAAGGACCCAGUAUAUGCCAUAUUGACUGUGGAGGACAAAGACGAGGGCGUAUCUGGGGAUAUAGAAUGGGUGUCCAUUAUUGAGGGUGACCACCUUGAACAAUUUGUCAUUGAUCGAUCGCCUGUCAGUAAUGAGUACAGGGUUAAAACAUCAGAAUUGUUCGACUGGGAUACAUUCCCCUAUGGUUGUAAAUUAACCUUCCAAGCAAAAGACAGAGGUAUGCCUCCUAAGUUUUCCAAUACUGAAGUUGUUCAGUUGUUGGUUACAAAGCCAGACCCAGUGUUAGGGAAUUUCGAGAAAGAUGUUUAUGAAGUCAAGUUGAGUGAAAUAGCUCCCCCAGGCACUAUUGUGGAGGUGGUGAAAAUCUCUCCAGCUCCUCUGAGUGUCAAUUACAGCUUCAGCAACCCCUUGGAUCUAAUGUACUUUGAUAUAAACCCUUUGACUGGAGUUAUUAUGACCACAAGGCAGCUGACUAGGAUAUCACAGGAUUUCAUGGAGAUGGAGGUAGUUGAUGUUAUCAGUCAGCAGCAAGCAAGGGUCCAAAUCACCAUAGAGGAUGCUAAUGACAACUCUCCAGUGUUCAACAGGCCCGUCUAUGACAUAGCAAUCAAUGAGAGCUUACCUGUUGGCACGGUUGCUCUUGUGGUGUCUGCUGUGGAUGCUGAUAAAGGAGAGAAUGGGUAUGUAACCCACACAAUAAACGGAGAACAGUCUCUUCCCUUUACAAUAGACCAGGUCACAGGGGAAGUGAGAAUAACAAGAGACCUAGACUUUGAGUCAGCAGAUGAUAUCUAUACUUUUGCAGUGCGGGCCUCAGACUGGGGUUCACCUUUCAGAAGGGAGACUGAAGUUAAUGUCACAGUUCGUCUGACAAAUAUAAAUGACAACCAGCCUCUUUUUGAGAGUGUUUCUUGCAGAGGGAUGAUAAGCCGUGAUUUCCCUGUCAGUCAGACUAUUGUCACUUUGUCAGCCGUGGACAUGGACGAGCUAGAAAUGGUAACAUACAAAAUACUGUCUGGUAACGAGUUGGACUAUUUUGACAUAAAUCCAGAAUCAGGGUCUUUGUCUUUGAAAAGAUUGUUAGGGGUAGUUAAUUCAAAAAGCGGGAUAUUUAACCUAAAAAUAGUUGCUACAGAUGGUGAGUUGUUUUCUGACCCUACAUUUGUGAAUGUGUCUGUGGUGAGGGGUCGUCAGCCACCCAGGGGGUUCAACUGCAAGGAGACCAGGGUUGCCCAGAUGUUGGCAGAAAGAAUGCUUUCAAAAGUGUCCGCUAUGGCUCGACCAAAACCAGAAGAGAGAUACACAGAUACACUCUUCUCUAUCAACAAACAGGCUCCGCAGUUUGAAGCCUUACCUACUAGUAUUCUGGUGAAAGAGGACCUGACUUCUGGUGCCAGUGUAUUUACGGUGAGGGCACGAGAUGGGGACACGGGCUUUAACGGCCGUAUUCUCUUUUCCAUAUCUGAUGGUAACAAGGAUAACUGCUUUAAUAUCAACAUGGAGAGCGGGUUGAUAACUGUGUUAGAGCCACUUGACCGUGAGCGAUUGGAUCGUUACUUCCUUAAUAUUACUAUUUACGACCAGGGCUCUCCUCAGAUGUCCAAUUGGAGACUACUAACUGUGAUCAUUGAGGACACAAAUGACAAUGACCCUCAGUUUGAUCAGGAGAGCUUCUCUGCUGUUGUUGCAGAAAACUCAGCCAUUGGUGUCGAAGUCAUUACAAUCACUGCCUUUGACAGAGACAUAGGUCAAAAUGGACAAAUGUCAUACGUAAUGCUGACCAGUGUCCCUCAGUUUGGUAUUGACAGCGAAACGGGAAGUGUAUUUGUUUCAAGCCACUUGGACAGAGAGACUAUCCCAAUGUUCCCUUUAAAGAUUGAAGUGCGGGACAAGGCUGAAAGAGGCACUCGGAGGUCUUCAGUGACUACUCUUACCAUAAUUGUGGAGGAUAUCAAUGAUUGCGCUCCAGCUUUCAUCCCCAGCAGCUAUAAUGCUCGAGUGCUUGAGGACCUGCCUCCAGGGACCGUGAUUACCUGGGUGGAGGCUCAGGACCCAGACAUGGGCCCCGGGGGACAUGUCCGAUACUCCUUGAUUAAUGACUUCAAUGGCACUUUUGAGAUUGAUGUUGGGAGCGGAGCAUUGAGGAUAAGGAAGGAGCUGGACUUUGAGAAACAACAUUUGUUUAACCUGACAGUACAAGCUGAGGACAGAGGGAUACCCAGCCUCAUCAGUCAGACAUUUGUGGAGGUGGAGGUGGUGGACGUCAACGAGAAUUUGUAUGCACCCUACUUCUCUGACUUUGCUGUGAGAGGCUCAGUGAAGGAGAACUCUCGAGCGGGCACAAGUGUCCUGACUGUCAGCGCUAAGGACGACGACAAGGGGCGAGAUGGGGUGUUGAGGUAUUCUGUCAGAGGAGGCAGCGGACUGGGCACUUUCACCAUUGACGAAGACACAGGGGUUAUUUACACUGCUGGAAUCCUGGACUGUGAGACCAAAGACUCCUACUGGCUUAGCGUCUUUGCCACAGACCGAGCAGUUACGCCCCAGUCUUCCUCUAUUGAAGUCUUCAUACAGGUAGAAGAUGUGAAUGAUAAUGCUCCCCUCACCUCAGAUCCUAUCUUCCACCCAGUCGUCAUGGAGAACUCUCCAAAGGAUGUGUCAAUCAUCCGUAUCCAGGCGCAGGACCCUGACCUCACUGCCAUUCCCAGUCGUUUAAGUUACCGCAUCACCGCCGGCAACCCGCAGAAUUUCUUCUCUAUCAACCCCAGAACAGGGCUGAUCAAGACAACCGCGAGAAAACUGGACAGAGAACAACAGGCGGAGCACUUCUUAGAGGUAACAGUGAUAGACGGCCCAGUGACCACCCGGCAGUCCACUGUUUGGGUCAUAGUUCACGUCGAGGACGAGAACGACAACCCGCCCACUUUCCCCGAAGUCACCUAUCGCAUCAGCUUGACCGAACGAGACCGCAACAAACGUGGCGAACCGGUGUACCGUGUCUUCGCUUAUGACCGUGACCUAGGAGCCAAUGGCAACAUCACCUACAGCAUUGUCGAUGGUAAUGAGGAAGACAAGUUCAGUAUUGACCCCAGGACUGCCAUGGUGUCAUCCAAGAAGAUGGUGACAGCGGGAAGCUAUGACAUCCUCACCAUAAAAGCUGAGGACAGCGGUGAUCCCCCAUUAUGGUCUACUGUCAAACUCCACGUAGAAUGGAUUCGAAAACCCGUCCCCUCGCCUGUAAAUCUACUGUUUACCCAGAGGUCCUACAAUUUCUCUAUUUCGGAGACAGCUGUCGUGGCUCAGCCGGUGGGAGUAGUGGCUGUCAGCCAGUCGAGCACACCUGUCUGGUUCAAUAUUAUCGGGAGCUUUGACAUGCAGUUUGACCUUCAGGUGGGGGUGGGAACUCUAGUUGUGGCCAAGCCCCUGGAUGCAGAGGUGCAGUCUGUGUACAACAUGACUAUUCAAGUGACAGAUGGGACCAACUUUGCCACAGCUCAGGUGUUUAUCCGAAUACUGGACAGCAACGACAACCCUCCGGUCUUCUCCCAGCCAGCCUAUGAUGUCAGUGUCUCAGAGGACGCACCAGUGGACAUGGAGCUGCUGCGGGUCAGAGCCUCGGACAUGGACGAGCGUGCCCGUUUGAGCUUCUCCAUCUAUGGCAGUGCAGACCCAGUCAGUAUGAGGCUGUUCAGGGUCAACCCUGGCACCGGGGUGGUCUACACCGCGGACCGGCUGGACUACGAGGCCAGAACACAGCACAUCCUCACUAUCAUGCUCGUAACUGUCCUUCUCCUCCCGAUCAAAAGGCACUCCAGUGGUGAGCACCACCCCGCAGGUUGGCCGAACGACGAAGCGCCCGCUGGGGUUCAGCAGAGUGUACUUCAGCGGUUCGUUGAGACGGUGGCCGACUGUGUUGACAACAGUGACCACAGUGACAUCAGGUAUGUUCUCUGGGAUGGAGGCGGAGUAGACCGGGAAGGUGAAGAGAAGGCCGCUAUCUAUCGCUUCUCGGACAAGCACUACUGGUGGGUUAUCAUUCACAUCCCCCACCUGGACGAUGACGGUGGUGCUGGCCUCGACUCCCGCCAUGCUCAGGGCAUGCACCACCAGAAAGUUUCCGCAGAAGAUUUGGACAGCCAGGUGAAUGGGCGCAUCACAUACUCCAUGCUGAAAGGGGACCGCACUAACCACUUCUGGAUUGACCCUGUGACAGGACUGCUCAAAGUCAAUAAGCGGCUCGACAGAGAACUAGUAUCCCAGUACUCUUUGUCAGUGCAGGCGUUCGACAGUGGCUCUCCUGCCAUGUCCUCCACCGUCACCCUCAACAUCGACAUAUCUGACGUCAACGACAACCCCCCUGUUUUCACUCCUCCCAACUCCACAGCCGUCAUACAGUUAAACCAAGCUGCCGGCACCACCCUGCUGAAGCUGUCAAUGAGCGAUAAAGAUUCCCCUAGAAAUGGCCCUCCCUUUGAGUUUCAACUGAAGUCAGGAAAUGAGGGAAAUUUCUUCUCCUUCGACCAGACUGGAACUCUGAGAGCCAAUCGUGUGUUUGGCCCUGAAGCUCCCAGAGAGUUCACUCUUGAAAUCCAGGCAACUGACUCUGGUAAACCAAGUCUGACUUCCUCCUCCUGGAUAUUUAUGAGAGUCAUCGGGAACAGUCAGUAUAAACCCGCUGUCUCCCCCAUGGAAAUCUUCAUCGUCAUGGUAACAGACACGUUCCAGGGCGGGCCAAUUGGUCAGAUCUACGCAACGGACCGCGACCCCAAUGACGUGCUGUCAUUUACCCAGAAGCUGCAGCCCAAAAGCAUGUUUACGAUAAACAGACAGGAUGGCAGCAUUGUGGCUCUCCCGGGCCUGGAACCUGGCAGAUACCAGAUGAAUGCCACGGUGAGUGAUGGACGUUUCGCUGUGAUAGCAGACGUGUCAGUGCAGGUGGAACAGGUGACAGAUGUGCUGCUCCGUAGCGCCCUGACCUUACGUUUCAGCUCUCUGUCCCCGGAGGACUUGCUUGGCCGCUACUUGAACCAGAUCAAACUAACGCUGCGGGGACUAGCCGGUUGGAAAUGGUCACCAGGGCAACAGGAUCCCCUCCACAUACUGGGUGUUCAGCCGGUGAUGGGGACAACGAAAGUGGAUUUGCUUCUGGCGGUGGAAAUGCCAGAGACAUCAGGCGGCGGACGGAUGAGUGGGAUCUACUCGCAGCAAGAGUUCUCUGCUAAGCUGGAGGAAGCAGCCGUGCGGGGGCAGAUUCGGGGCGUCCUGUCCGGGGCGGAGGUGUUGAGCUGUGCUUGCUCUGGGGAGCUGGAGUGUGGGGAGAGGGUGUGUGAGCAGACUCUGGUGAUGGACGGGGGGUCGACUGUCACCUACAGCACAGAGAGGGUCAGCUUGGUGUCACCCAGGUUCAGCCGCAAAGAGACCUGCACCUGCCCCGGGGGGACUUGCUCCAGUCCUGUGGAACUUUGUGAAGGUCAGUCCUGUCCAGCAGACAUGCAGUGUGUCCGCUCUGGUCCUACAGCGCCAUCUGUCUGCCAGUGUCAGCCUGAGAAACUAGACGAGUGUGCAGGCCAAACCUCUCUUAGUUUCUCUGGAAACAGCUACAUUAAGUACAGAGUGACAGAGAGCGGCCAAAGUGGAGAGAUGAGGCUCGGCCUGAGGAUCCGAACACUUCAGAGAAGAGGAGUCAUUAUGUUCACACGUGUUAACCCCUGCACCAUGCUCAAGAUUGAAGAGGGUCGACUCUGGUUCCAGUUGGACUGUGACAACACCCUUGGCAUUAUGGGUAUCUCUGGCAGACCAAUAAACGACGGCCUCUGGCAUGCUGUUGCCUUGGAGCUGACUAGGAACUAUACCCUCCUGUCACUGGAUGACAGCUAUGUUGAGCGCAGGCGAGCAGCCAGAGCUCCUGUUCGCCUUUGGCCUCUGGCCCCAGAUUCAUCAUUUUUCUUUGGGGCCCAAGUGAGGCCAGUGAGCGGGCCGAGCGAGAGGCCGAGCCCGGGGCCUGGGCUCUGGGACCGGGGGGCGAAGGCCCAGCCAAGAGCCCAGGACGGAUUCCAGGGAUGCCUGGGCUCGCUGAGGCUGAACGGCAACGAGCUGCCUCUCCAAAAUAAGAGGAGCCGUUAUGCCGAGAUCGCCGGCCUGAGCGAGGUCAAGUUGGGCUGCGUGCUUUAUCCGGAUCCAUGCGUCAGUCAGCCCUGCCUCAACGGAGCCAUGUGCAGCAGCCUGCCCUCUGGAGGCGUCGUGUGCACUUGCAGCGGUGGCUUUACUGGGGGGCGCUGUGAAGUUGAAUUGACAUCCUGCAUGCCGAACCCAUGCCAGAACGGGGGGGAAUGUAAGCCUGUCGGCGGUGCGUUCCUCUGUGGCUGUCCUACAGGACUCGGGGGAAUUAUAUGUGACCAGGAUGUUGAUGAGUGUGAGCAGGACAGCUGUGGAGAUGAAGCCGUGUGUGUGAACACGUUCGGGUCGUUCUAC